AUGAGACGCAAAACACUGCGCUCUCUCUUCCACCUCGCGGUGCUCGGGGGUAUUGCUCUACUCCUCUUCCUCAACCGCCCAUCCUCCCGCAUCAAGACCUUCCCAUGGACGCACAUCCGCUACAGAUCCCCCUCCCCCAUCCCGGCCUCCCGCGGAAAAUGCCCCGGCCUCGACAAAACCACCAAACCGGCCCUGGUCGUCUCGCGCGUCAGAUCAGACGGUGACCCGUCAUGGCUCGACGCUCUCUCCAAAUCCUACCACCUCUGCAUCUACACCGUCGACGCACCCGAUCCCACCUCGCACAACCUGCAAGUCCCCGCAAACCGCGGCCACGAGGCAAUGGCCUACCUCACCUUCCUGAUCGACAACUACGACACCAUUCCCGCCGCAGGCGCAGUCUUCGUGCAUGGCUCGCGUUACGCCUGGCACAACGAUCACCCAGCGUACGAUAACGCCGCUCUCCUCGCGUCGCUGAACGUCCCCGCCGCGCUGGAACAGCACGGGUACCAUAAUCUGCGCUGCGACUGGAGCCUGAGCACGUGCUCGGCCUCGGCGGCGCCGCAGGGGAGCCUGGAGAAUCGGUUCCAGUCCGUGCUCGAGCCGUGGAGUGCGCGCGCGGCGUCGGAUACGGCGCUCCCGGGGGCGCUGGGGGUGUUGUUUGGCGGGGAGGAGCGGGAGGGGUACAUGCGUGCGAAACUGGGGCGGAACGACGCGGUGAGGGCGCAGUGCUGUGCGCAGUUUGUUGUCGGUCGGGAGAAUAUCCGGCGCCAUUCGCGGGGGGAGUAUGUCGCCCUGCGGCAGUGGCUGCUUGAUGGGAUGGGGACCGGUCCUCGGCGAGGGGGAGCAGCCCCGGCGGAUGACCGUGUCGCGGGCCGGAUUCUGUCGUAUGUAUGGCAUAUCCUGUUUCUGGGGCACAGGGUUGAUCCGGAGCAUCCGUUGACUGGGGGUGGGGGUGUGGAUUUGCAGCGGUUGAAUGAGCAGGCGUGCCCGAGGGCCGACGAGUGUUAUUGUCGCUUGUACGGACGGUGCAAUCUGCCGCAUUGUACGAGUCCAGGGAGUUGUCGGGGGCAGUAUGUGUUGCCCAAGCAUUUGAAGUUACCGGCCGACUGGGGAGAGACCCAUUCACAGUCGCCUAAAUGA